CUUUUUUUUUUUUUUACAGCAUUUUAUUGCAUUUUUCUCCUCUCACAAUGAAAUGUUGCUGAGUAUCUAAACGGCGUCGUGCUGGGUGUUUGAUGCAGAAGCGAAAGCCAAGUCUCAGUCUCUCUCUCCCCCUCUCUCCCUCCACCAGCUGCCGCUCCGUCUGUAUACCUUCGAUACGACCGAUACUGGGUUUAUUGGAGUUGAAUUGCUUGCAGGAAAAUGCAUCCCCCUUUGACAUUGCACAGGCAUCCAAUAUUAUUGAGCAGUUCCAACAGUGUCAUUUGGACCACCCCAUUGGAAAAUUCUUUGGUGAAUGUAAAAUGUAGACUUCGCCUUUACAAUAAAAUUUUGAAGUCCUGCAGAAAGCUGUGAAGCGGAAGGCAAAUUUUGAAGAGAGUAAGAAACUUAAAGAAAGGCUUCAGACAUUGAGGAAGGAAGCUGCUGAGAGGAGCCCUGAGCUGAAGAAUUAUAUGUGAGCUUAACAAUGAAGUGGGAAGUGUUGUCUGAAACUCUCAUAGAUUCUGAAUUUAGAUUCCAUAGGACAUUAUUUUGUGCUUAAUGAAUAGAAUGACUGCACAUUGCCACAAAGUGAAGGAUAAUCCGGAUGAUAGUUCAUUGCAUAUUGCGUAAAUAUGUCUUUCUUUUUUUCCUUUUUUUUUUCUGUGAAUGGAAAAUAAUUUGAUUCCCCGUAGAAAGCUUUUGAAAGGUCAUGAACUUUCAUUAAUGUGUUAAAUACGUAUGUAAUUACCAGGAGACAUUAAUGCGAUCUCAGAUUAUCAAUGGAGUUGUAAAUUUCAUUAGUC